CGCACGGGCCUCGGACGCGCUCGACGCGUCUUUGAUUAUCCACCAAGUCAGUCAACUUGGAUGCCUUGGGUUUCCGGUUCGGUUCGGUUUAUUCGGUUUUCGGUUUGGGUUUUCAAUCAUGAUCAUAAACCAUUCUGCCGCAAAUCGACUAGGAAGAUUCAUCAGAUAUGGUUAGAGGCGACAAGCAAAAGGGCCAUCCCGACAGCUCAUUGCAACAACCCCGGACACCUGCCAAUCCAACUACUCGACGUGAAGGGGCAUCCGUACGAGCUGCUACAACAACAAAGGCGAAGAAAAGGACGCAGAGCCCGUCGGUUUCAGUUCAAUCUAGCUCCAGAUCAAGAAAAUCGGAUGUUGAGACGGACUGGAGGCAACAACCCACUCUGACACAGAUCGACUUUGUGACAAGGACGCUUGGUUCCGGACCACAUGAAGAGCUUGACUACAUUCAGGACAAUGACGACAAGCAAGCUGCGCAGAAGGAACGCGAGGUUAUAGAACUAGAUGAUGAUUCUGAUGGUGGCGAUGCGACAUUCCGACCAACUUCGCUUCCUCGAGUGCGGCGGGCCCGCGCUAUUCGAUUCGAUGAUGAAGUUAGAAGUACCUCUGGUCAGAGCAGGUCUCGGGCGAAGAGUACCAGUGGACAUGCGGAAAAACGUGGGAAGAAGGGGAAAAGCAGCACAAAGGGCAGUAGCAAGAGCAAGCAUCCUGGGAAAAGCAAUUUGAAACCUGGGAAAAAGGACAAGACUCUGACCCAAAUGGACUUCGUCCGUCGCUUUUGCGUGAUUGACUCGUCGGAUGAUGACCUGAAUCUCAACUAUAUUGGCGACAAUGCGAGGGAGAAUACUGACGCGGCAGCCUCCAAGUUGAACGCUGAUGAUGUUGCUGCCACGCCAAAAAAUGAGGAGCUAUCCCACGAUGGACCGCCGGAGAAGAAGAGGAAACUGAACAACGGUUCUAAUGUCUCAGCUGACAGCUGUAUGGUUCUGGUCCCUAUGCAGGGUAACGAGGCAAGGAGCUCUCAGAAGGACUUAUUCCCUGCCCCAGUAACUCCGCAGAAGCCGCGGAGGACAGAGAUACCGUCCUCCCAGUCUCCUGAGAGUCCUGGAUUUGCGGUUAUUUCAUCAUCCCAGUUCACCAAAGCUACAACCACACGGUCACCCCUCAAACUUAUGUCGCCUAAUAGUACCAAUAGUCCAUCGAAAGCGAGACAGAGUCCAUACCAUUACACACUGAAAGUCUCUCAGAGCCCGGAUGGUGUCUCGCUACAGCGAAAAACCAGAAUAGAGUCUACUGCCCCAGAUGACGCUGCAUCUCAUUCUCUUCUGCAUUCGGAAAAGGAGCAGACGGGUCUUAAGGUAUCUCCGUCGAAGCCUAAAAUCGAACAGAAGAGCCAGCAAGCUGUGUUCGAAGAGGAGCUGUCUGCCACCCAACCGCAAGAAGAACCCGAUGGUGGUGCUGAAAACAACACGCCCAGAGCUACUGGAAAGGCAGUCAUCUACGAAACGGAUGCGGAAACAGACUAUAGUGACUUGGAAGAAGAUACUAUGUUGCAAGUCUCUCACUCAGAACAUACAACGGCCGAAGAUGAAGAGCAACGCAAUGCUGGAGACAAUGAGCUGAACCCCGACAUCUUUAACUCCGACGAUCUACUGGCCCCGCCAGUUCCGAAUUCUGGCACCGACCUUGAAGGAGGAGAUACGCAUAUUUCCGACUUCGACGUCUCGUCGCAGGCAUCGAUAUACUAUAAAAGGCAACCACGCAGCACACAAUUUCCUGAAGGGCCGGUCCCAAUCCUUAAUACACAAAAACUGACUGAGCUGUUUCCUCGGUAUGACAGUACUCAACUGGCUAGCGUGCCAGUAUCUCCACUGCCACCAUCACCAGCACAGGAUAGCGUUCUCCAACAUUCUUCGCCCCAGACACCUAAGCAAAUGUUCACUCAAACACAGACCCAAACUCAGAGUCAGAGUCAGAGUGAGCAACGCCGAGUGUCCUCGACGCAACUGAUCCCGGAGUCGUCUCCGUUGGUUCCGUGUACGGAUGUGAGAAACUUUACGAAUAAUACAGAGUCUCAGUCUGACCAUCCAGUUGUCCUUGUGGAGUCAUCGCAGCCCGUGGACAAACACCAGAGACUUGCCGAUUCCAACCACGCGACGAGCCAGAAAGGAAUAAUACCUGCGAGUCGCUGGCUGACGGACAGUGUGAUGGAAAGUAUACCCCCUCCACCACUGUGGAUGUCGAGCCAAGACAGUGUUGGGGAACCAUACAGUUUACCUGAAAGCUAGCGUGCAGCUGCUCUAAGCGCGGGUGUUUAAACCAUUUGGGGAUAUAUAAACAGGAAGUGCAGAAUGCCUCUCUAUAUACAUGCCCUACCAAGUCGCACGACUGCAGUUAUGCAUAGCUGUUACUACAGUUUUUCCAA